UGUAUAAGUAAACAACACGAGAAAUGCACUGCAUAUGGAAUGUUGUGCGGCCUCAGCUGCUGCUGCUGUUGCUGCUGCUGCUGGGACUGACAGCGGGAUCAGAGCUAUACGGCGAUAUACACACAGCACUUGAAUUUGAGUCACUCAGUCAAACGCAGCAUAAUCUGUGUCAGCGCGAGCUGCCUGCCAUCUUCUUUCAGACUCAGAAGCAUCAGCCGGUGCGUGGCAAUGGUUCCAGCAUCUAUUUCCAACGCAUCGAACAGUGCUGCGCUGGCUAUCGAACAGAUCCGUAUACGGGUCAAUGUGUGCCGGAUUGUGGGCUCACUACGCCGGACAAUUGUCGCAAUGGCUUUUGCCGUGCCUCGGGUCACUGCGAGUGCUUUCCGGAAUUUGUGCGCAAUGAGCAGGGCGCUUGCAUACACACCUGUCCGAUUGCCUGCCAGCAUGGACGUUGCUAUCUGAACGGCACGUGUGCCUGCCUGCCAGGCUAUGUUCUUGAUCCGGAGACCCGGCUCUUUUGUCGCGCCCGUUGCCCGAAGGGCUGUGGCACGCAUGAGCAGUGCGUAGCACCAGAUAAAUGCGAGUGCUUGCCGGGCUAUCGACACAGCUCAGAGCUAGGCUGCCAGCCCAUCUGUGCGCCAGACUGCGGCUACGGGAAAUGCGUGGCGCCCAACCAAUGCGAAUGCAUUCCGGGCUUUAUCAAGCGUCGACAGCGCAAUGUCUGCGAGGCCGAAUGCUAUCUACACUGCGAGAAUGGUUUCUGUGAGUCCCGCUUCAAGUGCAAUUGCCGUACGGGCUACCAGUAUGAUGUGAAUACGACCAGCUGCCUGCCCGUGUGCCAGGAUGAAUGUGGCCAUGGCAAUGGGGUAUGCAUUGCUCCCGGCAUCUGUCGCUGCUUCGAGGGCUACGAACUGCGAGGCAACAGCUGCGAGCCCAAGUGCGAGAGCUCCUGCGGCUACUACGGCAAAUGUCUGUCGCCCAAUGUUUGCGGCUGUGUGCCAAAUGAGCAGCACUGCCUGAAUGGAAGCUGCGAUGCCAACGGCCAUUGCGAGUGUCCAGCUGGAUGGACGCACUACGUCGGCCAGUGCCUGGAGCCACAGUACAUUGAGCGAAAGCUGAGCAGCUUGCAGCUGCGCAAGGAGCUUGAUGAAGAUAUAAAAUACGAGUUUCAUGCGCUAAUCGGACGUUUGUUUAAUUGGUCUUAG